AUGUCCGUUGUUGUUGGCUACCAGAACACUGCUAAUGUGAACAUAUCCUACAUGGCUUGUGUGAAGGGCUCUCCGGAGGUGCUUAAGGCCAUGCUGAUCGACGCUCCACCGGACUACGACGAGGCCUACCUACAGAUGGCCCGCCGUGGUGCUCGUGUCCUUGCUUUGGGCCAAAAACCCCUUGGCGACCUCAGCCACCAGCAAGUACGUUUGAAUAACAGGCUGUCUGGUGAACUCGGAAAUAGCUCAGGCUCCCUCUCCCCAUUCACCCGCGUCACUCUCUCUCUCUCUCUCUCUCUCUCUCUCUCU